UUAUCGAAAUGUCACUCGAUAUCGAUUUUUGUUUAUCUUUUAAGGGGCUCCCUCGGAAAAGUGCGGUGCCAUAGAAACAAACAACGCGCCAAAAAAAAACAUUACACAGUUCCUCUUCGAUCGACCAAAACUCCGACCUCCAUUGAAAUGGAGGAGAGGAGAGAGACAGUGAGACGAGCAGAGAAGUUGGUUGAGGAACACAUGAGUGCCAACGAUGCUUCCCAUGAUGCUGCUCACGUCUUUCGAGUUCGUGACUUGUCUCUUUCUCUUGCUGCUCAAGAAGGCCUCUCAACUUCCCCGGAUUCCAUGUUUAUUGUGGAACUUGCUGCACUGUUACAUGAUAUAGGGGACUACAAAUACGCUAGAGACCCUGCCGAGGAAAAUCUAGUUGAGCAAUUUCUUGAUAAGGAAGGCAUAGAGGAGAACAAGAAGAUGAAGAUAUUGGAUAUCAUAAAAAGAAUGGGUUUCAAAGAGGAGCUUGCAGGACUUGCAGAUCAGGAAUGUUCUCUGGAACUUGGGGUGGUGCAAGAUGCAGAUCGUCUAGAUGCUAUUGGGGCUAUUGGUAUUGCUCGUUGCUUCACCUUUGGAGGAAGUAGGAACAGGGUGCUUCAUGAUCCUGCCAUUAAGCCACGCUCUACAAUAUCAAAAGAAGAGUACAUGAACAAAAAUCAGCAGACUACUGUGAAUCAUUUCCAUGAGAAGCUUUUGAAACUGAAGGAUUUGAUGAAAACACAGGCUGGGCGGACGAGGGCAGGGAAAAGGCACAAGUUUAUGGAAGAAUACCUUGAAGAGUUCUACCUAGAAUGGAAUGGGAGGGCAUGAAUAGACGGUACCAACAUUGGGACUUGUAACAGAAUAUCAUGAAUUCAUGAUGUAUACUUUUCGUGUUAUUUACAUGACUAUUUAAUGAAGCAUGCUGUUAUUAUGAA